AUGAAUAAUUUAAAAUAUUUUAUAAUUUUUUUAAUAUUUAUAUUUAUUAAUAUUAUAAAAUGUGAAUUAAUUGAUUAUAUACCUAUAAUAAAAGAAUUUCAAAUUAAUAAAGAAUAUAUUAAAAUAAAAACAGAUAUAAAUAAUGCUUAUUAUAGUAAUUGGACACUUUAUAGUGAUAUUGAAUUUUCAAAACCAACAAUAACAAUUGGUUUUGAUUGUAAAAUAGUGAAUGAUAUCUAUAGAGAAUGUACUUUUGAAUCAAGUAAAUAUAAAAAUCAAUUAAAUGCACAUUCAAUUGACGCAUGUUUAGUAACAAAUCAAAUCAAUAAUCAAGGUAGUAGUAGUAAAUGUGGUAUUAUAUUAAUUGAAUCAGUUCAUCCAUAUCCAAUAAUAUCAAAUUUAAUUUUAACAAAUGAUGGUAUUUUAAAAUUAAAUGGGUAUUAUUUAAAUUUCGAUACAAAUUUCAUAUUAUGGACUGGGAAUAAUACUGAUGAAAUUUUAAUAUUAAAUUCUAAUACUUUAAUAAACGAAAAUGAAAUUAAUUUUAAAAUACCAAAAUCAACAAUAAAUUUAUUAACCAAUACUCAAUUAUAUUUAGUAAUUAAUUGGAAUUAUAAUAAAUCAUUACCAAUUAAUUUAAUUUUAAAUAAUAAUAAUAAUAAUAAUAAAAAACAAAAUGAUAAAUUAAUUAAUAUUAAUAAUAAUAAUAACAAUAAUAAUAUUGAAAUAUUAAGUUUAAAUAAAGAAUUAUCAUCAUUAUUAAUAAAGAAUGGAAAGUUGAUAAUUAAUGGUAACAAUUUAAAAGGUAAUUUUUCAGUACAAGUUGGUGAAAAGUAUUGUUCAAAUGUAAGAAUUUUAAAUUCAAAUUUAAUUGAAGCAACAUUACCAGAUGGUGUACAUGAUGGAAAAUUAAUUCCAGUAAAAGUAUAUUUAAAUAAUAUAUUAAUAAAUUCUGUUGAAAAUAAAUUACAAUUUUCAUACCAAUUACCAGAUAUAAAAUCAAUUAAAGGUUUAUCAAGAGAUGGUGGAGUAAUUACAAUUUAUGGUUUACAUUUUAAUUUAGAUAUAAUAGUUUUAAUUGGUGAUGAACAAUGUUCAUCAUCAAUUAUUAAUUUUAAAAAGGUAUCAUACGAUACCAUAGGUAUAAUAAAUAAUAAUAAUAACAAUAAUAAUAAUAAAAAUAAUAAUAAUGAUAAUAAUAAUGAUAAUAGUAAUAAAAUUUUAUUUGAUGAAUUAACAUGUUAUAUUGGUCCAAUUCAUAAUGAAACACUAGAAUACACAUUUGUAAAGUUAAUGAAUAAUAAGGGAUAUAUAUAUAUUGAAAAAAAAAUAUUUUAUCAAAAAUCAAUAAAUCAAUUAAUUGAAAAUCAUAAUCAUCGUAAUUCAAUACAAAAUGAAAUUAAUCCAAAUCAAAAAGAAGAGGAUUUUACAAAAUUUACAAAUUCAGUCAAUAAUCAAGUUGAUAAAGAAUAUCCAAUUACUUCAGCAAUGUCUGCUUUUUAUACAUUAACAAAUAUAUCUGUUUUAGUUUUUAUAAUUUCUUUAUUUAUUAUACUAUUAAAAAGAAAAUCAAUAAUUCCAAAAUUAUAUAAUAAAAAUAAAUAA